CCGGGGGCUGCGCUGGGCGGCGGCGGGGCCCCGCCAAUCCCCUGGCUCUGGGGACAGCGGGGAGCAGCGCGAGCGCGGGGUGGCCGGCUGCUCGCGGGCAGCGAUGUGAGCCGGAGCCGGGGCGCGGGCGGCGUCUCCCCUCGGGGCUGAGGCGGGACAUGGCGACUGUCAAGGUGGCCGUGCGGGUUCGGCCUCUGAGCAAAAGAGAGAAUGCUGAAGGGGGAAGAAUAAUUGUAGAAGUUGAUGAAAAAGUGGCAAAAGUCAGAAACAUAAAGGUAGACAAUAGAUUUGAGGGCCCAGGGGACACAAGAGAGAAGAUUGUGGCUUUUGGCUUUGAUUUCUGCUAUUGGUCAGUUGAUCCUGAUGAUUCUAAGUAUGCAUCUCAGGAAGUGGUUUUCCAGGACCUUGGCACCUCAGUGCUGUCUGGUGCUUUUAAGGGUUACAAUAUCUGUCUUUUUGCAUAUGGACAGACCGGUUCAGGAAAAACAUAUACGAUGAUGGGAACUCCAGCAUCCAUUGGGUUGACACCUCGUAUAUGUGAGGGCCUUUUUUCAAGGGAGGAUGAUUAUUCAGAGCAGCCAGCAUCUUGCCGAAUAGAAGUCAGUUUCCUUGAAAUCUAUAAUGAGCGUGUCCGAGAUUUGUUAAAGCAAUCAAACCAGAAGAAACCUUAUACACUUCGUGUCCGAGAGCACCCUGAGACAGGUCCAUAUGUGCAAGGAUUGUCGCAGCAUUUAGUUACAGACUACAAACAAGUCAUGGGACUUCUAGAAGAAGGAAUAGCCAACAGAAUCACAGCAGCUACACAUGUUCAUGAUGCCAGCAGCAGAUCCCAUGCCAUCUUCACCAUUCAAUACACUCAGGCAAUAUUGGAGAACAGUCUUCCCUCUGAAAUUGCAAGCAAGAUCAACCUGGUGGACCUUGCAGGCAGUGAAAGAGCUGAUCCCAGUUAUUGCAAAGAUCGAAUUACAGAAGGUGCCAACAUUAACAAGUCAUUGGUUACUCUGGGAAUUGUCAUCUCCACUUUAGCACAAAACUCUCAGAUGUUCAGCAGCUGCCAGAGCAUAAACAGCAUACCCAGUGAAGGGGACAACCAUGUGAGCAGUCACUCUGCAGGCAGUAUCAGUGGGCCGAGGCGUCCGGCUUACAUCCCAUAUCGUGACUCCAUCCUCACCUGGCUUCUGAAGGACAGUCUAGGUGGCAACUCGAAGACCAUUAUGAUUGCCACCAUCUCUCCUGCUAGCUCCAGCUACAAUGAGACCAUGAGUACCUUGAGAUAUGCCUCAAAUGCCAAAAACAUUAUUAACAAGCCCCGGGUGAAUGAGGAUGGAAAAGUAAAACUGAUCAGAGAACUGCGAGAGGAAAUUGAUAGAUUAAAAACUAUGCUGCUGAGCUUUGAACUGAGGAAUUCUAGCCCUUCUUGGAGUGAUGACAGAGAUGGCAAUCUUACAGAAUUAGUUCUUCAGAAUGAAAUGAAGAUCGAACAGCUGACCAAAGACUGGAGUGAUAAGUGGACUGACAGAAAAGCCAUAAUGGAAGAGUACAGUGUGGACAUCAACAAACAAAAGGCUGGAGUGACAAUAGAUUCCAAUUUACCUCAUUUAAUGGCAAUGAAUGAUGAUAUCCUCAGUACUGGAGUUGUGCUCUAUCAUCUCAGGGAAGGAACAACCAAAAUUGGAAGAAGUGAUUCAGAGCAGGAGCAGGAUAUUGUUUUGCAGGGUCAAUGGAUUGAAAGGAACCAUUGCAUUAUAGAUAAUAAGUGUGGGAUUGUGACACUGCGGCCAGCCCAGGGAGCAUAUUGUACUGUAAAUGGACAGGAAGUCAGUGGUGCUUGUCAUCUGUCACAAGGAAGUCUUGUUGUCCUGGGUAAGGCUCAUAAAUUUAGGUUCAACCACCCAGCAGAGGCUGCUAUUUUAAGACAAAGAAGAUUGAUUAGUGAGGCCUCCCUCAUUUUGAGCAGUAGAUCUUUGGAAUGGCUGGACUUGGAUGGAAAUUUCACUCCUUCCCCUCCCUAUAUUUUUUCUCUAUUUGAAAAAGAAAGUACAAAGCAUAUAGGCCAUGAGGAAUGUAAACAGUCUGCUGAAACGAGCAGAGAGAUUGAUGCUAUACAUGAAGAGUACAGGCAGAAGCUGAGAGAUCAGGAAGCUUUCCACCGGGAACACAUUCAACAGCAGCAACUCUAUGUUGAGGAUUUAAAGCAGCAGAUCCUGACCGGACAGAUCAAAGCAGAGCAGGAACUAGAAUAUGACCAGGCACUAAUCAACGAGCAGAUCAGAGAAAACCAACAGUGGCUUAUUAAUGAGAAAAAACAAUUGGCUUCCCUCCAGCAAAAGCAGAGGGAGUUUGCUGUACAAACAGAGUCUAAGUCAUAUGCAGAAGCUGAAGUGCAGAAUACUGGAGAAUUGGAGAUUUGCCCAUCCCCAGUAGAGAAGAACAGGAAGAGACUGGUACAGCUGGAACUUUUGCGGAGAUAUUCUUUAAAGAAAGCAGAAAGAAACAUAAGACGGAAAAAGGUAAAGUUUCAGUUGGAGAGGAUUGUCAAGAAGCAAAAAUUACUGGAAGCCAAGAGAAACCUAGAACAGCUAGAGGCCAGCUUCUGGCUUAGUGAGGAUAACUUGAAACAGUCCCAAGUCCUGAACCAGAAUACCACAAUUACCUCCUGGGAGCACAAGUUGCAAAGGAGAAGCAAGUCAUUGGGUUCAAGUUCCUUGCAACACAGAAGACAUUCUUUCUGUAAUCUUUACCCACCACAUGUACCCAUUUACAGCUCUUUAUUGAAGAGGGAGACGACCUCCGAAUUAUCUACCUCAACAAAUACCUGUAAAUGCCAUGAAGGCAAUUCACCAUGGAAAACACUGUCUCUAGAAUAUCUACCCAGAACAAUUAAAGACAAUUCCAGGAGAGAUGACCUUAAUGACAAGAGGUGUAGUUCCUUCCCAUCACAGAGACAGCUAACUAAAAAACAAAAGCCCUCACAGUUUGGAAAUAAAAAGGGAUCAGAAAAAGACUAUAAUGGUCCAGUUAUCAUAUUACAUAACAACGAUAAUCAAGAAAUGGAAAAAUUAGAUGAUAGACCAGUACAAACUGAACCUCAAAGCCAGACUUCUAACAGCCUCUCUCCUGAUCACUAUAAGAAGAAAGAUGAACUCGAAACCUGUGUUACAGGUGCACAGGUGACCAAAGUGAGGAUAUUAGGAGAGUCAAGUCACCCUAUAGAGAGACAGAUAGAAGAAAGUGAAUCCCAGGCAGCUCAUAAAAAGUCUAAAAUAGAUUUAAGAGGAGACCACCAAGAUUCACUUCCAGAAAGCUUUACCGAGGAUGUAAAAAAAUCAAUAGCGUGUGGAAAGCCACCAUCAGGUUGUCUAAGUCAAACAGCGAGGAACUUGAAAAGAGAGCCAAAGAUAUAUUUGCCAAGUCGUGACAGGCAGUCAAUGGAAAAGCAGGAGUUUCUGAUGACAGCUACUUCAGUAGGAAACCUUAAUAAGAUAAACAUCCAGACACCACUCCGUUACAUGGAAAAAAAGUGGCACAGUGCAGAGGUGUUGAGUGUCGGAAUCUCAAAUGCAACCACAGAUCUGCUAGGGAACUGGCAAGAGGAUGAUGAAAAUGACUUUUCGGAUACUGAUAGUUCCUACUCUGUGGAUUCUCUCUCCUGUGCUUAUGCAAAAGCCUUGACCGAACAACUGAAACAGGCAGAUUCAGACAGGAAUAAAUGUAUCACUAAUCCAGAAGAUUCUGAAAGCGAUGAUAGUCAAAUGUCUCAAGACUCGCUGCUAGAAAAAGAAAAUAAAGUGAAAAAACAAAGUAAAAAACAUUUUCAUAGGUUAAUGGUUCACCAAGAGCCAGUUAAGUUUUACAAAGACAGAUCUGAUCACCAUGUCUCACCUUUAGUGACCUCUUCCACAUCACGGAAUGGAUUGACAAAAACUGAAAGGAGCUUUUCCCUGGAUAGCUUAGCAGAUGCAGAAGAGGUGUUAGCAGAAGAUCUUGUAGAUGAACCCAAAUCUGAUUCAUCUGAUGAAGUGCCUGCAGAGAUAUUUUGGAGGCUGCAGAGUCCUAGGUCUACAGCCAUACAGACUGAAGAAUACCAGAAACCUGGAGCCUAUGAUAGAGAUAUAAAAGGAACAAAUUGUGAUCUAAUGCAAAGCAGCUCUUUUUAUCUGGGAACUGAAACACAGUCCACUUGCAGUAAUACUUACAAACAGCCAUUGAAGGAGAUGAAAGUUUGUUUUGUAGAACAAAAAGGGUCUCUUCAUCAAAGAGUUAAUUCUAGAGAUGGAAACACUUUGCCUCGCACUGAUGCUUUGUCUUCAUAUAACUCAAAAAGUGAAAAUGGCAGCCCUGGAAUAGCUGUACCUUCUUUUCCUGAAAGUUUGAAAUUUCGUGGUGCUCAUCAGAGCAAACUGGAAUGCUGGAUGAAGAAAGAUGACUUAAAGCAGUCAGCUGCUGAAGUGUCUUUUGUCUCUGGCUAUAAGCAGUUACAUAGUAUUUCUCAUUUAUCACAGGGUGUAAAUGAGAUAAACGCAACUUUCUCCUCUGAUGGAUCAGAAAUACCAUUACCAGAAACAACACAUUUUGAGAUGGUUGCAAACAAAGCUCCUGAGAAUGGAUCUUUAUUAAGUAAGAUGGUUAAAGAGAAUGAAGAUUCUGUUUUAGAAUCUCCAGAUGUUAGAUCAUUGUUUGUCAGUUCAGUAGGGCCAAGUACUUCAUGUGUCCCGAUUUCAGCAUUUUCAGCAAAACAUAGUUAUUAUGAAGGAGUAAAGUCAGCUCAUCCUAAAUACAAACAGCUUAAUAUAUCAUCUACUUAUGGAUCUACUCUUGUAUACACACAGCAAUAUAGCUAUUUGAAAAAAGCCUCCAUGACAGAUGGUUUACCACCAUUGUCUGGAAAGGCAGAGGUCUCUCUCCCCACAACUUAUCCUGCACUGCCCAAGAAUCAGGACUCUAAAAAAAAAUCAUUCAUUUCAACACCAUCUAUGUAUGUUUUACAGCAGAGAAAAGAUCAUGAAGAUUCUGAUUUAGAAGAUAGCUUAUUUAGAACUAUUGAAAAAGAAGACACGGAUAAUGACACUGAUAGUUUGAUAACAGAAUCCAAAACAGUAGAUUCAAACACUAGAGAUGCAUCUGUCAAUUCAGCUGGAUUGUCUAGAGGGCUGUCUCCUGAUACAGCUUUAAUAUCCACAGUAGAAACAUCUUCAGUAAAACAGGCCAGCUGUUUUGCAAAGGAAGGAAUAUCAAAUUUCUGUGAUCAGGGUUUCUCUCUAAGUGAUCUGUCAAAUGAGAAUAGGAACCCUGGUACAAAGGAAAGUUAUACACUUAAGACUUCUGUUGAACAAGGAGAAAAUUCUGCUGAUAAACUAGGUCUCCUCAAUUACAGAGGGAAUAAUUUUGAACCAAUGCAGAAGGUGGAUCACCAUGAGAUGUCUGCAGGAGAAAUAACCGGAGACAAAGAUUUUUCUUCUGAAAUAAAAUCCUAUGGCACGGAUCCUUCAGCCAUUCCCCGGGAUGCUUGUUAUGACCAAUUUUCAAUACUAGUAGACACUUCUCAGAAAGAUAUAGUCUCUAUGACAACAAGUAGAGACUUCCUAACAGAAACUGCAUUGGGGGGCCCUUCAUUGAGAGAUACUGAAGAAUAUGAACAGAAGUAUGAAGAUCUCUGUUCACAAAAUAGUUGUCAAUUUGAAAAUGAAAUGGUUUUGAAGAAUGAUUGCCUUGAAAGGAUACAGGUGGAUAAUCCUGAAAGUUGUUCAUCCCUACAGGUUUUGGGAAAUACUUCAUUAUGUCUUGAGACUAUAAGAAACGAAAGCAGUGAAAGAAAAGAAUGUAAUUUGAGUUCACACCCUGUAGGCCAGGAAAGGUCUUCGUCCAAAUAUAGAAAUCUGGUGGUAGAUGAAUUAAGAUAUCUUAAUGAGAAUUUAAGCGGAAAAAACACUCACUUCUCAACUGCUGCUGCUACUUGUGAAAUUAGAGAUGAAUCCAACUCUCACAAAUUGUACUUUGACACAGUAAAAACUAAUCUUUUUCUAAGCAGUUCUGAAACUGAGAAAUAUAAUACAAAACUGCAAGGUUUUACAGCAGUUAAUGAAAUUUGUGACACCGGAUCUAAUGUCAGUAUAGAAAACAAUGUCCAAAAAAGUUGUUGUUCUGGAAUAAAUUCUAACUGCCUCUGCACAAUGUGCUGCUUAAAAUCUGAAGAGCAGAAAAGCAAGAUGCAUAAAAAGACUAAAGUUACUGUAGGAUCUGAUGAUGCACAGACCAAGAACAAAUCCUUUCCUGAAUCAAGAGAAGAGAAUAAAACUGCUUUUUCUUGUAUGGUUCAUAGAGAAAGUGAUUUCUUAGGACAGGUUUUGCUUGUUGGAGGAACUAGUAAUUACAUAAAAACAGACUCUGGAAAAGUGUUUGAACACAAUACAAUUCCAUCAGACAUGACUUUCCAAGAAGGGAGUCCAUGUGUGAAUAAAAAGCCUGAAUGCACAAAGACGAAAGCUAAUACUGAAGAUGAAAUUAUCGCACAAGAGACAUGGGAUCCUUAUCAGAGUAAAAAAAUAAACACUACUGAAGAAAUUGCUAAACUGGUUAACAGUGUCAUCAAGUUGGAAAGCAAUAUUUUGGAAAUUAAAUCUAAGAAAACUGAAGCCUUGCAUAAUUACUCAGUAGUUGAUGCACAAUGUGAUAUGGCACAAAGGAGCAGAAAUAAUUUUGAAAGCAAUAGUCUGAUUCAGAGAUCAAAAGAUCCCAGCGACUCUGUAGCUUGCACAGAUCACCACCAGUUUUACACAAAGUUGCACACAACUCUACAGCAUGAAAAAGCAGAGAAAAAGGAGUCAGGUGUGUUUAGUGUUGAUGCAGGACACACUGAUGAAUCAAAAAUAAUGGAGCGUUCUGACGGCUGUAUUCAAACAAGUAGCUUUCAGCAAAAGAAAAGAAAAGCAGACACAGAAAUAAAUUAUUGUUCAGCAGAGACGGAAGCUGCUUCCAAAAGCACUCCAUCAUCAGUGUGUUCCAGCUCAUCAGAUUUCUCUGAGAAUACUAACAGAAUAAUGGAAAACAUUCUGAAUACUGAAAGCACAGCCAGAAUAAUACCAGUUAGAUGUGGGGACAAGAAUUCUUUAGAAAAGAGUGAAAAAGAACUAAACAACAUUUCUAGCAAUACAAGUGAAAUUUGUAUAACCCAAUGCUUGGUGAUGGCCCAUAACAACUUUUUUCAAGAAAACAAAAUUGAUGGAUGCAAAAUGAUUGGGAGUGAGGAAAAAACUAAUGUAGAAGAUGAUAUGUUGGUUUGCACAGGGAGUGGUGAACAGCAUACAGAUGAAAAUGUUUUAUUUAAACAAGAGACUCCAGCUCUAGAUCAUCUGUAUCGUGACAGAGACGACAGUGAAAAAGUUAUAAAUAAAUCUGAGAUCUCAGAAAAAUACUUUACAGCUUCCAAACUAGAAGAACAAGAUGUUUUGUCAAUUGAUACUUUAAGGUUACCAGCAGGUUGCCAGGAUUCAAUUGAAAAGAAUGACAUGACGGAUAUAGUGAAUACAUCGGAGGGAGGCAUCAGUAACUGUGACAGUUCAGUUGAUGAUGAUGGAGUAAUUGAGCAAUGUGUAAUCAGAGGAGACUCUAGAAGACUUACUAAAGAGAAUAGCAAUACAAAUAGGAGUUCUCAUACUGACCACCCCAAGUAUGGGGUGUCUGAAGAUGUGGGUAUACCUUUUAUUGGAAGCAUAUCUAGUCAUGUUGAAUCUGUUCCAAAGUGCUCCACAGCAGAAGAGAAGAAAACACAUCUCAUAAAUCCAGUACAAAUGGCUAAAACAGAUGCAAUAAAUGAAAGCGUGAAAAUAGAUAAUGCAUCUGUUUUUAAAACUGAUAAAGAAAUGAAGGCUUUCAAAGAAAACACUGAGGGUCAGGAGCUGACUGCUUCACAAAAUCAAAAUGAAGUUCCACCUGAAAACAAAGGCAGCUGCCAACUGACAAAUAAUGAGCUAAAUGAGAUCUUAAAAGAAAGUAAUUGGGUACCUAAAGGUCAUUCUAGAAGUGAUGAUGCCAAUGAUUCUGUAGUAUCUAAUAACCAAGAGCAUACACUAGAAACUGUACAGUCUUCUGAAGAAAUUCAGCAGUCUUUGCUUAAGGUCUUCCCGUGUCAAUCUGUAAAUCAUCCUGUGUACUUUGGAAUAAGUAACAGUGCAGAAAUUGUGCAGGAGGAUCUCAGUGUGUUAAAAGGACAGGAAAAGAUAUUUAAUAGCAAUGCUGGUGCUGGAGUUAUUCUUCCUUACUAUGAAACAUUAAUGGAAAAUGAUGUGCAGGUAGGAGCAUCCAGUACACUUAACAAAGAGAGAAGAGAUGAAUCAUUUUCUGAUAAAGUGCAGAAUAAAAACAGUGCUUUGCUACAAAACAUGAUUAUGCAGGACAAGGAGGAGGAUGGACACUUUGCUGUAUCUGGGCAAUUUCCUUAUAACGAUGACACACACUCUACUUCAUAUAUUGCAGAGUGUCAUGAAUCUGUAAUUGUUGCACCUAGUUAUGAUACAAAAAAUAAUUCAGUUUCCCUGGGAAGGUUAGAUUUUUAUGCAGAGCACAGCACAUGCUUAAGUGUGGGGGAGGAAACAAAAGUUUGUUUAAAUUCCUUAGAAGGUAUAGUACAAGAAGGAAGCAGGGCUGCAUCAGUGUCUGUGUCUGCUCCAAUGACUUCAGAUAAUGAAAAUCUUUCCUCAUCAAUGCUGAAAGAUAAUGAUAUGAGAGAAAAAAUAAAGCAGUCAUUACCAGAGGUCUUGUCUGAGAGAGUGUUUCAAAAUAUGAAUACAAGUCAGAAAGAACUAGGACAAUGCAAUCAGACAAAGACAUUUUCAACUGCAGACUAUAUUAAAACGGACUCCAGAAGUAAUAGUGAAAAGAUUCCUGGUGUAAUUGGAUAUCAACCUGAACCCAGUGAGAUUCAGGCAUACAGGGUUUCUAGAGAGUUCUGUGUGGAAUAUGAAGACAAUCCUGAAGUUGCUUCUGAAAACAAAACGGCCCUCUACAAAACUACUCAUCAACCCUUGUGGGAAAAAGCUCAUCAUGAUGAAGUCUCUGCCAAACAUAAUAUGAAUUCUUGCAUUUCUCAGUAUUCUGCUGGUCUGCUGAAGAGUAGUCCUUUUACAUUUGCAGAUGUUUUGUUAGACAGCAGAGAAGACAAAUGGAAAAUUGAUACUGUUUGUUUUGGAAAAACAAAAUACUGUGAAAAUGAACCAGAAGAUUUGGAUGUACCUAUACAGAGGGAUCAUCAGAAACAAGUAAAUCAAGAAAAUGAUGAUGAAAGCAAAACUUAUUCUGGAGUUGGCAAGAGAGAGAAGAGAGAGACACAGCAUGAUGAAAUCACCAAAGAGGUUAUGGGAGUAGAUCAAAACCAAAAACAAAGUCAAGAUUCUUUCCAGAAUUGCCAUGGAAUAAAAGAAAAAAAUUGUGUACACUCAGAGGACUAUAUUGGUAGUUCUAGCAUGAAAAUGCCAGAAAUAAGCUUGCUUACACAUCAAAGUCUUGAACAAAUUAGCAAUAAGGAAACAAAACCUCCUCCCUCACACACUGUGGAGGAUGUUCCAGCUUAUACAAUAUUUCAAAGUUCCAACAAUCUUAGUACCUUUGAAACCUCCAAUUCUCCAGAAGACUCAAAAUCUUUGAAAUUUAAGCAGCUAGGUGAUUCAGUGCAAGACAUUUCUUUGACUGACCAGUUGUUGUCAUCUACUUUUACAAAUCCAUAUUCUCUAAAAGAAAGACAAGAGAGAGAGUUUCCUCAAGCUUUUCCAAAAGUUUCUUACCCAUCAUUAAAAAUGUUUUCAGAAUACCCUCUUACAGCUUCAAACUGUUCUGCAUUUGCUAUAGUGCAAAUGCAAGAGAGUCAAUCUGACGAGGUUGUGAUGUUUGACCAGCAGCCAUCCGCUUCAAGAAGUAUUCUCCUUUCUGUUACAAAAGAAAAGGGACAUUUUCCAAUAGCUGAUUCCUCUGAUCAACUCAACAAUGAAACACAAGUUGAUAAACAACCCUGGGGUAAAGCUUCACUACAACAAGCAUUUUUAGAAAAUUUACACAAUGAUGUUUCUAUACCAUCAUCAUUAGCUUUUCCAAGAGCAACUCUUACUAAAGGAGAAAAUACGAAAGAGAGAAUUAGCAGAAAUGAGAACGAAUUGCAUUUAAACACCGAGAAAACCCUUCCUUCACCACACAGGAAACAGAGAAGACAUUUUUUAAGAAAAGAUCAUAUUGAAAAUCAAACCAUGGCACCAUCAGUUUUUGCCAGUGAGUUCAUGGACCCACAAAUUACUAUAGCACAAAACUUGUGUUCAGGAAAUAAUGUGGAUUCCAGGUACAUGUACAAUCCAUAUAGGCAAGUAUGUCCCACAGAUAAAAUUACUGCUGAUCCCAAAGAAAUGUAUCCUACUGCCUCAGAUUUUGAUAUAAAUUCCCAUGCAGAUUUACAAGACAGUCUGCAGGCUGGACAUGCCAGGGAAGAAGAUCAAUGUAGAGCAAAUGUAAGAAGUGGAAAAGAUAUGAUACAUUGCAAAAAUAAUUCAUGUUCAAGUGUUGAUAGCUCUCACAAUUAUCAGAAGGUGGAAAAUAAUAUAAUUAAGCAAAAGACUUCAAAAUCUGUCAUGAAACAUGAGAACACGUCCUUCAAAAUGUUGCCAGAAAACAGUUGUCUGCCUCCACAAGAACCCAAGUUGGUAUUACUUAGGAAUGAAAAAUCAUACUUUCCAACACAAAAUGCAAAGCAGUGCAAACAAGAUGAACAAAGACAUUGUUUACAGAAUCACAGAUUGUCAGCCCCAGCUAUUUCUGCACACUCUGAUCUUGAAUACACUUCAGAAGUUUCAUCUAAGACCCAUCUUUCUUUGUAUCCUUCCUCUAAAUCUUUACAAGAAUUGAAUAUGAGUGUUGAGCCUCCGUCUCCAACUGAAGAUGAUCUGCAUGGAAUUGAAAGAUUUUCAAAAUUGGAGUCAGAUAAUUUUGCACUGUCGAAAUAUAAACCCAGAUUUCAGCAGAGAUUGGUACAAACUCCAAGAUUUGCUAAAUAUGAUCCAAAGAACUCACAAAAUUGUGGGGAGAGAAGCCAAGGCAACCACUCCGUAGAUCCCUCUGCUGUUCACUGUUCAACUACUUUGAUACAUAGAACUGGUCAUUCCAUAAAUAUGGAAGCAAAAAAAUAUUCAAACAAUGCAUCUUUACCACAGUGCAAUGAAGAGACAACUGAAGAACUGAGAUAUCAACCAGAAGAAACAGAUUUAUUUUUACAGGACAAUAAAGAUGCAAUGCAUUUUAGUUCAAGUGAUAUCAAUCCAUACAUUCAUCCAUGGCAGCAAGAGGGACCCUGCAAGAUUGGUUGGAAGCAAUAUGUUUUUGGUAGUGCGAGUGAUGUCUCUUGCAGUCAGCCUUCUCAAAGCCUGGAUAAUCAUAAAGUUAUGAGAUGCUCUAGUGUAGAUAAUGGACUAAACUCUCAAAACUCCCCUUUUCACUCUCAUCUCAGUUCGUAUGCUAAUGCAAAAGUACUAUCAAGCACUUUAAGCAGCAUUGAAGACCCCCAAGGAUGGGAUGAUGUGAGACAUGGCUUUGAGUCUUCAAAUGACAACAGCAAGCAUUAUAUAAAUGUAUCCCGUGAGGUACUUGAAACCAACCCCGAAAACAGAAUUUCAAAAUUUGAUAAUCCUUCUGAACAACCUGAAAACACUUCCAUGCAAGUUGAUGAAAUUGUACUCCUCUAUCCCUCUGAGUCAGAAACAGUCUCCAAAAAACCACAAAGCAUUACUUGUGAGCAGGGAACACAAACAAUGGUUACAGGAAGGUAUAAAAGACAGAAAAGGCACCGGAGAAGCUAUACAGAUGUUGCUGCAAGAAAACAAGAUCCAAGCAGGACUUCAUUUCAGAGACCUUCUUCUUGGGCAAGCAUGCAGAACCUGUCCGUGCACCUAUCACAGCUUCUUCAUAACACUUCUGAGCUGCUGGGAAACCUCUCCCAACAGAAUGUCAUAGAGAACGAGCAUGAUGCCAAAAUCAAUCAAAGAGGAAUUGCUGAUGAGAUUGUAAGGGCUGCUAUGUCAGACAGUUGUACCCAAACUACAGGGGCCACAGGCAUUCAAGCUGAUAUUUCAGAACAUCGACAAAGCAAAAACAAGAAAACCCUAUUCCAGGCAAAAACUGAAAAUGAACUGAUGAAAGCUCAGAAAGUGAAUGUGAUUGUGAAAGUAGUAGGUUCAGAUGUUGUAUGUAGGCCUCAGGAAAAGAAAGACAUAGGUUUGGCUAUUGAAGAGAGAGCUCCAGAAAGCAUUGGAAUGAGAAUGCAGAGCCUUCCUGACUUAAAUGACUCUGCCGAUGAUAUUUUGGGAGAUUCCUUUAUGCAUCUCCCUUCGUUAGCCAGAGCCUCCACUCCUAUCUCAGAUUUAAAAAAAACACCAUUCAGUGCACAGGAGAACAUUGCUUUUGGCAGUACCACAGUUUCUCCUGUUGUGUCAUCUUCACUGAGUUCAGGACAAGAUGAAUCUUCAUGCAUGAUAGUUAGCCACUCUACUUCUAAUUCAUCUCGGUCUCCAGCACAUUAUACUCGGGAAAAGAGAACUGUUGAUGAGUCUGAUACUGCAGGAGAAAGGAAACUGUGUUAUAAAAACACAUUAGUUGACAGAGCGUCUUCCCCUAUUCUAACACUUAGUGCAAAUCCAAGCAGCCAGGUUACGAGUAGCAAGUCCAUUUGUUCUAUCAAGAGGUCUGUGAAACAUCCUAAUGAUACUUCAAGUUCCCGCUGUAAUCAAAGAAAACAAGGAUCACAUUCAUGUUCUGGCUUGGGCACCUUGGAGCUUCAUGUUGACAAUUCUUCACAAACAGAAACGGACAAUGAAUCUACAACUUCUGGAGAUAACAAGGAAGUGACCAAGAAAUCUGGAAGUUUCUUAAAUAAGAACAUGGCUAAAGAAUUCUUAGGAGGAGGUGUUUCAGAAAAAUCAAAGGAAAAGCACAGAUUCAGUGUUGAUGGACACACUGCUAUUCAUGCAAAAAGACUGUAUCAUUCAAGUAGCACUUUAGAGGUUUCAGGCCAUGGGGAAUAUUUAGUUGAUGAUCUCAACGAGCGCAUACCAAUGGAACGUUCACUACAUUGUAUGUAUGUCACCAGAAGAGGAAGAGGUUCUUCAGGAAGAGUCAGAUGUGACAAAACCACCGGAAGUUCUGAUGAUGCCUCUUUGAUUAAAAACCACUCUCAAGCUUCUUAUGUUGAGGAAUGUAAACAUUCACCUUCAAAUUCUGACUUGCUUUUUAAUCAGGAAAUUAGCACAUGUUGGUCAAGCAAGACAAAUGCUGAUGGAUCUCCAGAACAACUGAUAGAAGCCUCUUCUGCACAGUUUCACCGCUCCUUUUGGAAAAAUCAAAAUAGCUGCCCUUUUCCACUUUCUAAAAUGAGUGAUAUGCAUUUACCCCUUCAAGACGAUGAUACAGCAUCGGCUUCUACAAGUGAAUGUAAUACUGAAAUUUUACUAAAUGAGAAUGCCUCCUUAGUGAAGAUCCAUAGGCCACCAAGCUAUAGUCUUCAGGACUUGCCCAUACAUAAUAAAUUUAGCAAUUGGUGUGGAGUAAAGGGCAGUCCUUCGUCCUCAACAAUUAGCUUGACUGGUAGUGCUGCUGAUUUGCAAAAUCAAAUGCAAAAGAAGCCAACCAGCAAACGAGCAACUGAAACAGAAGAGAAAUCCCAGCCUUUGGAAAAUAGAACAAGAGAAAUUGAGAGACUUCGAAAAGAGCGUGCCCAGAUUAUGUCUGGGGUACAUCUGGACAUGAAGCAGCACCCUCUUACUGUGGAGCUUACUGAAGCAAAGCUGAAUUAUGGAAUUGGGGAAACAGAUGCAUUACUGAGAAUUCUUCAGAAUGGAACAGGGGAGGAUAUAACUUCAGUUCCCAUCAAGCAGCAACUCUAUGAAAGGCAUAUGAAGACAAUCGAAGUCCUGAGAAAGCAGAGGGAAGAAAGGCUGCAGAGCUUUAGGAGAACUCGCAGUCUCAGUCCACAAAAGCAGCUGAGCCUGCUGCAGACACUGGACACAAACCAGCGGGAUUUGGAUCUCCCCAGCAGACGCCGAGAGUACCUGCAGCAACUAAGAAGAAAUGUAGUAGAAAAUACCAGAGUUCAAGAACCAAAGAGGAGACAGCAUCCCUCAGAGAUUGAGCUGCUACUCCGAGACUAUCAGAGGGCACGAGAGGAGGCCAAGACUGAAAUUGCAAGAGCAAGGGACAAACUUCGAGAGAGAGCUGAGCAAGAAAAGAGACGGAUACAGGAGCAAAUAUUUUCUCAUCUACAAAGGGAAGAAGCGAAGCUGAAGACACUUGUAAGCACAAGCACUUUAUGUACAGAUUCCAGCCUCAGUCUUUCCUCUGGCCCAACAUCUGGUUAUAACAGCAGCAGUGCUGCUACUUAUGUUGCAAGUAAGCUCAGCAAACAGGAAUCACUGAUUUCUCCUGGAAGUGCAGAACUCCCAAGAGGAGAUACAAGAGGUCGCUCAGCUAUUAGAAAUAGUCAACUUUAUGUGUUAGAGCACCUACAAACAAAUAAGAAUUGUGAGAGCAGUAGCGUUCAGAUGCCAUUUCCAUGUGCUAGCAUCAGCCAUAGAUUCACUCAUGGACGAACUCUUUCAGUCCAUUCUUCUCCUACAAAAGAAUACCAGGAUUUGUCCAGACGUGUUUUGGCUAAUGCUACCACAGAGGUGAUGGCAGCUUGUUCAAAUAAUUUGAGGAGCCUUUACAACUGCCAGGCAGCAGCAGGUUGGAAAUACCAGUGUACAGAAAAAGAGGUACAGGUUUAUUACAAAGUCUUUCCAUCAGCAACUAAGCAUGGGUUUUUGGGAGCUGGAGUGAUUGAAAGACCUCUUCCCAAUGUGUGGUGCAUAGUGAAAGACCCUGACAAAAGGCAUCUUUAUGACAAAACCAUUAAUACAUCUCGAGUACACAAGAAAGUAACGAGCCAUAUUCAACUGGUAUAUUUGGUGAGUGAAACUUCAUUGUGUUACCUAAAGCAACCACGGGAUUUCUGCUGCAUCACGGUGGAGGCCAAAGAGGAAAACUUGUCAAUUUUAGCUAUUCAGUCAGUCUAUGACGAGUCCAUGCCUCGUCCUUGUAAAGAAGUAGUACGAGGGGAGAUUCUGCCAAGUGCUUGGAUAUUGGAACCUGAUCAAGUAAAUGGAAAAGACAUCACUCGAGUCAUUUAUAUGGCACAGGUCGAUCUUGGCGCUCCAGCUAUCCCUCCAAGGCUUCUGAGCUCCAUUGCUAAGCGACAGCCUCUGGUGAUUGCUAGGCUAGCACAUUUUUUUGCUAGUUAACAAUAGCUGGCACAAAACCAGAUAUGUUGUUACAGUGGGAGAAAGCAACUAAAUACCAGGAAACAAAUAUGAAAUUAUUUAUCCUCCUCUCAGAGAGUAAAAUUAGGCUUCAGAAAUAUUUUCAGUCAUGCCCCACUUCAGAACUGGAUGUGAAAAGCCACAGGCUACCCAGGCAUGUGCAAAGCUACUCCUGAAACACACCAAGGGAAGAUCAUCAGCUCCAAGAAUUACUGUUCAAAAAGGAAGUGUUCCUGAUGUACCUGCCCUUGCUGGUCAGUACUUGGAAGUGCUGCCUGUAGAAAAACUGUCAGCAAAAACAGAAAGCCUUCACCUUGGAAAUAGUCACCAUCUAUCUGGUUGGCUGCAAAAUGCCAGUUAAACCAUUUCAAAAGGUAAUCUUUUCUUCCAAGAUGAGAGAGUGUAUCAUGGCCAGCAGCCUUGUACAAGCCCUUACACAGAGAAACAAAACUAGUGUAAUGCUCCUUGUAGCGUCUAACAAAGAUGCUUACGGAUGGAGACUUCAUUAUAAACAUUGUACAUAAAGCCAGCUUUCCCAUCUGCACAAGUUCUUUCAUCUUGGCAGGGUUAAAAUGUUAUCAGCAUGAUCAACCAGUCACUCUACACCAGAUUGAACGAAGACUUCCAUCUAGUAGAUCAGACUGCCACUAUCCAACAAAAGUGGCAAAAAAAAACCAACCACACCUCAGGAGACUCAAUUUAUUAUUGCUCUACUACACAACACUGCAAUGCAGAAUUAGGUGCUUUGAAGUGGAGAAACCAAACUGUCAGUUUUAAAGCAAGAUUUUUUUUCAAAAGGAGUAGAACUGACCAUUCAAGUUGUUUCUAGAAUUAAAAUCCUGCAAACAUGAAAUGUUUAGAUAUUGUCCUGAUAGCUGUUCCAUUGUUUCCAUGCUCUCUCACCUAUAUCAUUCUCUAGCCUGGGACAGUUGCUAAGAUCCAAAGCCCCUCCUGUUCAUAGUUACCUUGCAGCAUUCCAAAUGAGCUCACAAGUAGGAGAAAAACCUCCAACUGUGUUUUGUCUGGAACUCUAGCUUUAAAGCUUUAUAUACAGAAAACCCUCUUGUAAGUGUGUGUCAUGGUCAUGAUAUCCUUUUAAAAAUAAGUAAGGAGCUACAUUUCAUUCAUCUGUAUUUUGAGUAAAACUCUUCAACACUGCUAUAGCAGAGGGCCACUUACAUUAGUGAGCAGAUGGCCAAAGAUAAGGCAUCUUUUUUUUGCUUGAAAGAGGUAAAGCUCAAUAUUGUUCAAAGUAGUACUGCACUUUAAAUGUGAUGAAUGGGUAUCUAUAUCAAGUAUUAACUUUAGCAAAAGGCUGCAUCGCUUAUCAUGGCAACUAAGAAAAAUCAGCCAUGUUUUUUUCCCUAGAACAAGUCCAAUGCACCUUUAGAAUUAGAACUAAAGUCUGCCUUGAGGUUACCUGUGUAAUCUACUUACUUCUGAAGUUGCACACACAUACCUACAGUGGGCAGAAUAAAUCCUAGUAAACUAAACAUCUGUCUCAAACAGUUCAGAGAAGUUACGUAAAAUACUGAUUUCUCCGCACCUACUCAACAUACAUCACUGCUGUUGAGUUUAUUUCAUUAAACAUCACCCAUCUGCCAGAGAAAACAAGUAACAGAAAUAGGUUUCAGCCACAUGCCAUGCUCCCCAAGCUACACUAUUUAAAGGGUAACAACCAAUAUCCAUCUUCCUAAUAAAAAAAAGCCAGUGCAUGGACUUGUUAAUUGGUGUGGACUUCGUAAAGUGCACAAAGCAGAAUUUUUCCUGGCUGUAAGUGUCCCAGAACUCAGCAGUAAAUGCCACAUUGCAAUUGGGGAAGUACCAAUAAGCUAUUUUAUGGGAGCUCUACAAGGAAAGGUAUGAAAUCUUCACGUAACCCAUCAAAUAUUUUCUGCAUAAUUGAAGGUUUGUUUGUUUGUUUUUCUUUAUUUUGGACAUGGCACUCCGUUAAUGACAAAGCAGUUUUUUUCAGGAACAACAUCUAGAAAGACUCAAGGAGGUCAUAAUGACAGUGCCUAAUGAAGGAUAAUGUCUUAUUGUACAGGGCAUCAGAUGUUUAUUUUUAUAAAUGCAUAUGAUUUUUCUAUGUUUACAAAUUAAGUUAUUUAUAUAUAUGCUUGUUUUGAAGUUUUUUAUAUGCUGAUGAAGCUAAUUUUUAUUUUUAAUGGUACCCAAUUAAUAAGCUUUUUUAAUAAUUGUCAAUUGAUACUAAAUAGCCCUAUUUAUACAAAUGUUUCCUUUUGCAAAUAUAACAUUUUAUGCUACUGUUAAUGUGUGGGAUUGGUUUGUUUAGAAGGUGGGGAAAAAAGCUAGUUCAUGUAUUUGUUACCAAGACUAGGUGAAAACUUCCUGUCAAUAUUUUACUACCAUAGCAGUAGAUUUUGAUGAUGGCGAAUCAAACCAAUCAUACUGUACCAUCUCUUAUCCCAUCUUGCUUGCAACAAGGAUUGCUAUUUUCAUAUUCACAAUAAAUGGCAUUUUCUAACCCAAAAAAAAAAAAAAAAAAAAAAA